AUGGCUACCGCUUUUGAACCCUCACUAUCUACAAGUGGCAUGCGCCCGCCUCUAUCAACGGCGGAUGCGCCGUCCAUGGCGGAUCAACUUCCAAGCACCAACUUUGGCUUCGAGGACCUACGCGCCCGCAUGGCACAAUUCACAGCGAAAUUCGACAGUUUUAUUGAAAGGGGGAGGAAACAAGUACUCGAAGAGCGAAACCAAUUUCGCGUGAAUCUGGCUGAGCUACAAGAGGACCGCCGCCUAAAACAAAAAGACAUUGAAAUCCUCGACCUAAAAUCCCAAACACACGCCCAAACCCUGCAAAAGGAAGCCGCAGAAGCCGCAGAAAUGCACGAGGCCAUCGCAACCAUCACAUCCCAGCGCGACGCCCGCCUCGCCACCCGCGACCGCCUCAAGCAGCAAAUCGAGGAGACUCAGAAGACCAUCAGCCAACGCCUGGAAGCGCAGCGGGCUCACGCGAGACACCUGGAUGCCCAGGCGCGCCUGAACACGCCCGAACUGGAAUUCUGGCAGGAUUACCUGUGUCUGCGCAUUGAGGGGGCUGGGCGUGAGGAUCGUCUUAGGAUUGUCUAUACCCAUUUGCUGGAGAAGGAUUGGGAGCGGGAAGCGUGGUUUGAGCUUGGGACGGCGAGUAGGGAUUAUGAAAUCUUUCAUUGUAGGCCGAAGUUGGAGAGGGGGCUUGUGGAGCAGGAGCUCAUGGUUGUGAAUGAUGAUAGGGAUUUUGGGGCUUUUUUGAAAAGGAUGAGGAAAUUGUUUGUUGCGGCUAUGAAGUGA